UACACAAACUAAUAAACAUCAGGUGUGGCAACCUAGUUUCUUAUCAAUGUAAAUUUGUGAAUGCCAUUAAAACAUUUUAACUUCAUUUCAUAGUCGGUCAACUUUGUUUCUGCUCUUAAUUGUAGUGAAUUGAACAAAAUGUCAUCUAAUACCGAAGCAAGCGGCUCACAACAAACAAGCGAACCAAUUGAAAAGAAAGAAAAUGGAAGUGGCGAUUGCAGGAAAAUUGCUUUGAUAACCGGCAUUACUGGGCAGGACGGUUCGUAUUUGGCUGAGUUUCUAUUAAAGAAAAACUAUGAGGUCCAUGGCAUUAUUCGCCGUGCCAGUACGUUCAACACCUCUCGCAUUGAGCAUCUUUAUGCCAAUCCUGUAGCACAUCAAGGUGGGAAAAUGAAACUACAUUAUGGUGACAUGACAGACAGUAGCAGUUUGGUGAAGAUCAUCAGCAUGGUAAAGCCAACAGAAAUCUACAAUUUAGCUGCACAAUCACACGUAAAAGUGUCCUUCGAUUUGAGCGAAUAUACUGCCGAAGUGGACGCUGUGGGCACAUUACGUAUACUCGAUGCGGUUCGUACAUGCGGUAUGGAGAAAAAUGUCCGUUUCUAUCAGGCUUCUACAUCGGAGUUGUACGGAAAGGUGGUGGAGACACCACAAAACGAGAAAACACCGUUCUACCCACGUUCACCUUACGCGUGCGCUAAGAUGUAUGGCUUUUGGAUUGUCAUUAACUACCGCGAAGCAUAUGAUAUGUUUGCCUGCAAUGGCAUAUUAUUCAAUCAUGAAUCACCACGUCGUGGUGAAAAUUUCGUGACACGUAAAAUUACACGCUCGGUAGCGAAAAUAUUUCAUCAACAAUUGGAAUCAUUCGAAUUGGGUAAUCUCGACUCGAAACGUGAUUGGGGACACGCCAUGGAUUAUGUGGAGGCCAUGUGGAUGAUGUUGCAAUUAGAAAAACCUGCGGAUUUUGUUAUCGCUACCGGUGAAACGCACAGCGUUCGUGAAUUCGUGGAAGAGUCUUUCAAAUUCAUUGGACGAGAAAUUGUUUGGCAAGGAGAAGGCGUCAACGAAGUGGGUAUCGAAAAGGAUACCGACAUUGUGCGUGUGCGUAUUAAUCCCAAGUAUUUCCGUCCAACCGAAGUGGACUUGUUACAAGGCGAUUCGAGUAAAGCACGACGAGAACUUAAAUGGGCACCUAAAGUUACAUUUAAAGAAUUAAUUAAGGAUAUGAUGGAGGCCGAUAUUGAGCUUAUGAAGAGGAAUCCAAUUGCCUAAAUUAGCGAUUGUUUACAUAUGUGUGAUUUAUUUGUGACUUUGACGAUAGUACAAUCGUUUCUUUUUAUGAAAGCACAAAUAUAGUUUAGCAACAGGUCGCGUAUUUCAUUGCAAUAUUAUAUGGAUACAUAUAGAAUUUGUAUUAUACAUAAUCAUUUAUGUAGUUAGUUCACAAGCCCUUUGACUUUUUGUUUAGUUUUAUAGUAUGCUAUAUAAUAUAUAUCUAUAUGUAGGUACAUAUGUGCUUUUAUUGUAUUUAUAAAUAUUUUAUACAAUUUGCAUUCCAAAGCAAAACAAUUGUAUUAUGUGUGUAAUAAAUGUGCUUUAUACAUAAUUCAAAGAU